AUGAAUGACAGUGUGUGUAGAACGUUCCUUGGUUUAAGGAACUCGUUUUCCAAUAAUUUGGACGGGAAGGGAGACUAUCAAUUUAUUAUGAAUAAAGAAAUUUUAAAUGGGUAUUGUACUAAUAAAAACUGUAGUAGUAACCUCGACAAGAUUAAUGCUGGAAGUUUAUAUUUGUUUGAUGCAUUCUUUAAGGAUUCUACUGUGUUUAAGAAUCAUAAUAGCAUACAUAUUGUUGAAUACAUUUUGUUAUGGUUAAGUUAUAUGUUAAACCUAAAGGAACAAGUAGGAAUGACCAAUCUACAAUAUUUUUAUAAUAUGUAUGUACUGCAUCAUGAAAAGUAUAAAAAUUCUAUAAUAGGUGUUGAUGGGUAUACUAGUUAUAAGGAUCUUAUAGAUCAAAAAAAAUAUUUGUUGGGUAUGGAUAAACAAAUUAUUUCCAAUUUUUAUGAAGUAUUUAAAUUAUUAUGUGAUAUGUAUACUAAUUUUGAUGCAAAAACAUCACAUUGCUCAAACUGUUCACAAAAUGCUAAUACAUUUGUCAAGAAAUAUAAUCAAAUGAAUAAAAAUUCUGUUAUUACUAGUAAUAGUUCCUAUAAUAAACUAUUGUCUACUUUAUCAAAUGAAUAUAAUAAUUUUAAAAAUUAUUAUACUAGUAAAGGUGGUAAUUCUAACGAUAUUCCAUCCCUUACAUCGAUAGAAAACAUGCAAGCUUCUACACAUAUUUCUGGACAAGAUUCUGAAGAUACACCAUCAAGUUCGUCGAUACCAGCCAAAUUAUUUACAGUUUUAUCGAUAUUUGGUGCAAUAGCAUUUUUUUUAGGAAUUUCUUAUAAGUAUUCGUUAUUUGGGGUUCGGAAACGAUUUAAAAAACAACAAAUAAGAGAAAAAAUAAAAAAUAUAAAGAAGAAAAUGAAUCAAUAA